AUGAAGACAACCAGAAAUAAGGAUUUUUUUUCUAUUGUAAUUGUGAUACUCAUCUCACUAGUAAAGGGAUGUAUUCAUGAUACAAUUGAACAUCAAGUGAUUGACAGUCAUCAGCAUUACGGAGAUGAUCAUCCUUUUGAGGUUCAACGAAAACUUGCCGACGAUGAUUUCAGCAAUAUCGAAAAAUACGAGUCUACUGCUGCUAAAGAUGCUUUUAAACCGAUUCGAAUAACUCCUUACUAUGACAAAACAACGCUUGAUAUCCUUUCCAAACAAAAGCGAGAUGUGCUUUACAAAAUCAUUCCUGAUGCCAUUAGCCGAUUUCAAGCUGCGCUCGAAGUUAUGCCAGUGCAAGGAAAUUUAAUGGCACAACACACGUGCGAGACGCAAUGGAUGACAUCGCCUCCGAUUUGCAAGACAUUACUACAGAACGAAAAAUGUCUUGAAAUGCCGAUUCCAAAUGAACAUUUUGGACACACACGAUUUUGUACAUCUUGUCCUAGAGAAGGUUGUGCAGGUGGAAAUUGUGCCGUUUCAGAAGCAAAAGGGAUUGCCAACACGGACUUUGUACUUUACAUUCGGGCUGCCACGACAAAUUAUUGUGCCAGUCGUACACUGGCCUAUGCGUCGUCAUGUCAGAAGGACCAAUACGAUCGACCUACUUUCGGUAUGGCAAACUUUUGCCCUUCUCAGAUAAGCAUAUUACCUGAAGAUCUCGAAUCACAAGUUUCGACGGCCAUGCAUGAAAUAACGCACGCUUUAGGAUUUUCAGCUCAAUUUUUCCCAUACAUGCGACAUCCGGAUGGUACACCACGUACACCUCGUGACUCAAAUGGGCGACCACCAAUUUACAAGUCGGGAACAUGCCCAAAUGGUUCACCCAUCGAGUACUACAUUGCACCUAGUACACAAACAGUGCAACACUCGAACGAACGAGGACAUGUAGUCGCGAAAAUGGUGACACCAAACGUUGCAGCGUUUGUCAAGUCGCACUUUGGUUGUAACUCAUUAGUAGGAGCUGAAAUUGAGCAACAAGAUGAUUCCGGAUGUCUUGGCUCGCAUUGGGAAGAACGAAUUUUUGAACCUGAGUAUAUGACACCAGUCAAUAGUUUUCGUAAUGUCUUUAGUGCAUUAACUUUGGCUUUUUUUGAAGAUUCUGGUUGGUACCGAGCCAACACAUCAACUGCUGGACGAAUGCAUUUUGGAAGGAAUCGUGGAUGCAAUUUUGCAAUGGAAAAAUGUAUUAAUCCCGAUACGGGCGUAUCAAUUGCGUUGGAUCAUUACUGUAUGAGUAAUAGUGUUGAGAGUUGCUCUGUGGAUGUGUCUUCGGUAAUUAAAACGUUUAGCGUCUUUGUCACUUCCUUUACUUUCAACUCGCAAUUCGCUCAAGCUCAAGAUGUUUUAGAAGCAAAGCCUGGAACUUCCUUGUUUGAACAAUUUCGUCCAAUUUAUCACUUUAUUGCUCGCAAAGGCUGGAUGAAUGACCCUUGUGCACCAUAUUAUGACAAGAAAACUGGAUUCUAUCACAUGUUCUACCAGUUAAAUCCAACUUCGUCAGUAUGGGCCAAUAUGACUUGGGGUCAUGCUAUAUCGAAAAAUCAAGUGAUGUGGAAGGAUUUACCAGAUGCACUUCGCCCUAAUGAAGACAAAUGGGAUCAUCUCGGUGUUUGGUCUGGUUAUGCUAUGCCCAAUGCCAUUGAUGGCAAGGAUACGGUAUUUUAUACCGGCGUAACUGCUCUGCCUAAUUCAUGGGACUUAGAGUAUCUUUACGGUGAACACGUGAUGUAUGCUACUACAGAUGAUAAUGGUAUGACUUGGCAGAAAGGGAGUAAGCCAAUAAUCGAAUUACCACCAAAAGAUCUCGACAUUAUUGGGUGGCGAGAUCCCAUGCCAUUUCACUCUCAGUCUCUUGACGUCUACUUUGGCUACAAUGUUUCCAAUUGUAGUAGUAACUACAUGAUUUUAUCGGGAGGUAUUGGUAAUGGGACUGGUCCACGUAUCUUUUUGUAUCACUCGAAAGAUUAUAAAAAGUGGGAGUACAAAGGCUAUUUGCUUUCUCAAGAAGUUGACACCAAUUUUUCAGGUUAUAGUGAAAGUUGGGGCAACAUUUUUGAGACUAGCCAGUAUCUCGAGAUAAAGGACGAGGAUGGUCAACUUCAUAAUGUCCUUCUCUUUUCCGCGGUAGAAGACUCGGAUCGUUACGCGAUGUGGUCAACGGGUUCAUUCUCGAGCUAUAACGUUGAUCAAGAGUUUGAUGUUGAUACAAGUUUAUUCAGUCCUUUGAUGGUUGGUGUGACGGAUCAUAGUGAAUGGUACGCAAACAGUAUUUAUACUGAUAAAGAUGGAAAGAAUGUUUUGAUCGGAUGGAUUACUGAAGACAAUAAUUUUACUACUGGACAACCUCAAGGAUGGGAUGGAAUGCUUUCACUACCUCGUGAGGUCAGUAUCAUCAUUCUUCGUGAUAUUUAUGAUGUCGACGAACAUUUGGUUGGAAAAGGAGACUGGAUAGUGUCGGAUUCGAACGAUGUUGUGUGCUCUGACGGGUCAAAGAAAACGAGCAAGACAAUCAAGACUUUAGGCAUUAAGCCAUUGAGUAAUUUGCAGUUACUACGCAAUAAAGAUUCAUACGAACACGUUGCCAAGGUGCAUGUAAAUGCUUCAUCAAAAGUAUUAAAGUCGUCCGAUACUUCGUUUGAGCUAAUUGCUGAAGUAACGGAAUUUCAACGUGGUAGCAAAGUUGGUUUUGAAGUUCGUCGUAGUUCGUAUGGUGAUGAAGUGACGACUAUCAUGUAUGACGAUUCUUUGAAGAAAGUGAUUAUUGAUCGUUCAAACAGUUCAACAGCUGAUUGUCCAGUAUUUACUGACUAUGAAGCUACGCCUCAUUCAAGUGCUGUAUGGGGUCAUUUCUAUUUGUAUGACCUAUUCACGAGUGCAGAGCAAAGUGAAGUUUGUGAAAGUACCCGCGAGACACUAAAAUUUCACGUGUUUGCUGACGUGUCGAUUAUUGAGGUGUUUGUGAAUGACCGUUUUUCAUUGUCAGCUCGUGUGUAUCCAUGUGCUACUCAAACAGAAUCUGACGGUAUUGCUCUAACAGCUUCAAGUAACGCGACAUUUGAAAACGUACAAGUUUGGACGGAGCCGAAACACGCGUGGGCUGACAAACGCAUGAUUUCCUCUUACUAG